AUGCACUGGCGGCAGGCAGGCAGAGAUGGAGAAGUAAAAGCCGGAGGCACGCAGGGGGUUGGAGACAAGGCCAUGGAGGCAGGCACCGCAGGGGUGGAACUGGCAGGCACGCAGGCAGGCAAGACCGGCAGGCAGGGAUGGAGACAGGCUAAACGUCGCAUGGAGGCAGGCGGCAGAGAUGGAGACGAAAGCUGGCAGCACGCAGGGAGGAGACGGCAUGGAGGCAGGCACGCAGGUGUGCGACAGGCAGGCAAACGCCAGGCAGCAACAGGCGGCAGGGAUGAUACAGGCAACAGGCAGGCCAUGGAGGCGGCGGCAGAGAUGGAGAAUGCAUUGGAGGCCGGCACGCAGGGGUGGGACAGGCAUGGAGGUCAGGCACGCAGGGGUGGAGACAGGCGGCACGCAGGCAGGCAGACAGGCAGACGGGAUUUGAGACAACAAACAGGCCCGCAUGGGGCAGGCAGGAAGGGAUGGAGGCGGCAGGCAGGCAGCAUGGGUCGGCAGACAGGGAUGGAUGGCGCCAGCGGCGGCAUGAGGCAGCCGAGGCUGUGA